CGAAGAUGUGCAUUCCGUGGAAAUCAGUGCCAUUAGAUGUGUUUUUCAAAUAACAUUUGUUCUUCCUGGUUUAAUAUACUUCAAUGUACUUCUACAGCAAAGGCCUAAGGAGUACCUUAUUACCUUGCUUAAUGUAUAAUGCAUUCACCUGAGCCCAUGGUCCUAGACAAGCACCUCGCCAAUGUGUGAGGUUGCCACUCAGUUUGCAGCUGGGAGACACUGCUUCAGGAGAACAGGAUUUCUGGGACCAAAAGGCAAACGAAUUGUUCUUUUCCUCCGAGGAUUGCUUGGCUCCAGUGCAAUGAUCCUUGUUUAUUAUGCUUUCCAAGUGAUGCCUCUUGCUGAUGCUACCGUCAUCACAUUCAGCAGUCCAGUUUUUACAUCCCUGUUUGCCUGGAUAUUUCUUAAAGAGAAAUAUAGUCUUUGGGACCUUUUUUUCACCCUGAUUACAAUCACCGGAGUAGUGCUUAUAGCAAGGCCACCUUUUUUAUUUGGAUCCACUGUUCCUGAAAUAGAAGAAAGUUACACAGAUCACCUUAAAGGAACAAUAGCAGCCAUUGCAAGCGCAGUAGCUGGUGCCUUGACUUUUGUCAUCCUAAGAAAAGUGGGGAAAUCCGUGCAUUACUUUUUGUCCAUUUGGUAUUAUGCAAUAAUUGGGUUAAUUGUGUGCAUAAUAGCACUUUUUAUAAUAGAUGCGUGGAGUUUGCCCAGUUGUGGAAUAGAUAGAUUUCUCCUAAUAUUAAUUGGAUUGUUGGGGCUUGGUGGUCAAAUAUUUCUUACUAAAGCAUUACAAAUUGAGAAAGCCGGUCCUGUCGCUAUAAUGAAAACCAUGGAUGUGGUAUUUGCUUUUAUUUUUCAAAUUCUUUUUCUUAAUCAUAUACCAAGAUGGUGGACAGUGGGAGGUGCCCUUUGUGUGGUAGCCAGUAGUUCUGGAACAGUUAUCCGGAAGUGGUAUCAAAACUCCAAAAAAACCACAGAACAGAAAAUUUAACCAGCUGAGUACUAUGUCACUGUUAAGUAGAACAAAGCAUUCAGAUACUUAUUUUAAAUAAUUCAUCAGUUGGCCAGUUCUCUUGACUACCAGUGUUCGUUAUCAAAGUAGGAGUACUCACCAUAACCAGCUGGUUUUAUAUCUAGGGAUGAAUCCAAACAAGAAGCUUGUUUUGUGUGCCAAAGUUAGGAUUGCCUUGUUUAACAGCCUUUGUGCCUUGCAAUGCAGCAUAGUUCUGAACCUGCCAAGAAUUUCAUGAUAAGUUAUGGGUAUUUAUUCUUUAGGUGAAAAAAGAUUACAAAAACAAAAUGCCACAAGGCUAGUCUAAGUGCUUAGAUAUUCCUAAAAUAGGUUUUGCAACCUAACUCUCAUUUCUUUUGUAAUGCAUCCCUGUUACAUGUUUUUACGAUCCCUCGGCACCAAUUUAUACACUAUAAAAACUAUGGAAAAGGAGGCACCGUGAACUUGCAUAUCCUCCUUCUCCACCUCUCUUAUAACUUGAAAAGUGUAACCAAACUGUAAUCUUUAAAUCAUUCCUAAAGUGGGAUUUGUGAGGUGUAGAAUGAUGUGGUAUUUCACAACCUGAAUUGGAAUAGAUGCAACUUCUGUUUCACAGUGGAACUGGGAAAAAGCCAAUUAUUUGUCCUGUAUUUUCCAAUUUUCAUUCAAGAUGAAAUGGUGGUUGCAACAUCUGAACAUGUUACUCCAGUGACUUGUGCUGGGUAAUGGUUAUAAUAUGCCAGUUAUAGCAGAUAGUGAACUGUAUGUGCUUUGGAUACACUUCCUUAUAAAGGUGGGGUACUUCCACGGGGCCCACUUUGAAUGUUAAUUUAGGUAACAUUUGCAUUUGUAUAAACUAAGUACAAUUUGAUUGCAUAUCAUAUUGUAUGACUGGAUCAUGCAGAUUAUAAUGUUAAAAUUAUGUUGCAUUACAGCUUCAUACAUUUUUAAAAUAUAAAGUAGAACUACAUGUACUGUACAAAACUUACUUUUAAAAUA